AUGGAAUCUCCACCCAGCCAACGGGGAAAAAAAUUCCUUGACUUUGGUUUUGACUCCUGUCGGAUAGAUGCUGCAUUGCUCUGCUUCCUUUUUAGCUCUAGUCUAGUUGUGCUUACUCUCCUUGCAUCCUUCAUCUAUCACUUCCUAAGGUCACACCUCACCUAUACCUAUUACCUCUUCCUGGCCUUUCUCUAUGAUAAUAAGAGGAGGAAGAAAGGUAUUCCUCACAGCUACGAUGCCUUUGUCUCCUACAAUGUUCAUGAUGAAGCUUGGGUCUGUGGAGAGUUGCUUCCAGAGCUGGAGGGUCAACAGGGCUGGAGACUCUGUCUGCACCACAGAGACUUUGAACCAGGUAAGCCCAUUGUCGAAAACAUUACAGAUGCCAUCUAUAGCAGCAGAAAGACUAUCUGUGUGAUCAGCCCAAAUUACCUGCAGAGUGAGUGGUGCUCCAAAGAAAUCCAGAUGGCCAGCUACCGUCUGUUCGAUGAGCACAAGGAUGUGCUGAUCAUGGUGUUUCUGGAGGACAUACCAGCCAAGCAGCUGUCUCCAUACUUCCAAAUAAGGAUUCUGGUGAAGAGGAGCUCUUACUUGAGCUGGCCACAGGAUGGUCAACACACUGGAGUCUUCUGGCAGAAAAUACGACAAGCUCUCGAGAGAGAAGAAAACGCUGCUGACCACACUGGACAGCCCAUAGUCAUCCACUGAAGUUUACCUGAGGAGCUUGGGAAAGAAAGCGUCUGG